AUGUCUUUAUCGUCUCUCCCACCCUUCCAAAUCCACCCCCCUCUCCUCAACUCUUCCAACCCCUGGGCAACUACAGAAGCAGACCUCGCAGCUCUGUAUUCCUGCCCUUAUACAGGCGCCGUCACAAUCCGCACCUCUCUCUGGUCUAGCUUCGCCCAGCACUCGUCGACACAUCAAUACACUUUUUUCUCUAGCACUCGUGGCCAUGCGACAGCGGCUGUCGAUACUAGCGGUGCUGAAGGACGGGGUGAAGUAAGGGCCUUGGAGGGGAAUAGCCUUAAUACGCUUGGUUAUAGUCCGAUCCCUUUUGAAUCUUAUAUGGAAAUGUUGGUCCGUAUGAACGAUGCUGGGAUUCUUAUUAAUCCAGUUCCGAAGCCGUUUAUUGUUUCCGUGACCGGUACAACCGAGGAAGUUGGUCGUUGCUAUACAUUCAUGGCAAAGACAUUACAUGAGCGAAAGGCACCGGGAUUGCAACUCAUGAUGGAGAUUAAUCUUUCCUGCCCGAAUAUUCCUGAUAAGCCUCCCCCAGCUUAUGACUCGAGAUCUUUAGCUGAAUAUAUACUCGCUAUCGGAAAAGCAAAAUCACUAGCUCAAUCCACAAAUCACCCAUCCCUACACGUCGGGAUAAAAACACCACCAUACACCUACCCCGACCAAUUCCACGCGCUGAUCGAGGCGCUAGAAGCUUCAGAAACCCUUGAGAGCUCGAGGUGUCCCAUUUCAUUCAUCACUGCUACGAAUACACUAGGUUCAUGUCUGGUGCUCCGCGCAGACGGCAAGCCGGCGCUAGGCUCAGCCAAUGGAGAGGGAAUCGGUGGCAUGGCCGGAGAGGCUCUUCAUCCGCUGGCGCUGGGUAAUGUGAAGACGAUUCGGGGUAUGCUAGAUGCUUCCCGGCAUGGAAGAAUACGGGAAAUUGCUAUCAUUGGAAUAGGCGGAGUGAGUGACGCUGCGGGGUUUGCUAGGAUGAGAAGCGUAGGAGCUGCAGCCGUAGGCGUGGGGACUGCGUUUGGCCGAGAGGGGAUUGAGGUUUUUAAAAAGAUAACGGAAGGUGUGCAACUCUGA